GACGAAUUAUACGAACAAGCCAUUAUCAGAUUGAGGGCUGCUAUUACUGUUGUCUUGGUGAAAGAAGCAAUUACUAUAUUUUUUUCCCCAAUUGUUCACCGUUCGACGUUUCACCCUAAGGAACAAACAAAGAAGAGGUCUUGUGGAUACCGUGGUUUUCUACCAUAAAUAAUUGUAUCUAAUGGGAACACCUUUCUUCCACAAAUGGUGUGAGCGUUUGAAGCAUGAAAAAUUCUGGCUAGGUGGCUACCGUGACACUGACGAAUAUUCAAAACUUGCGUAUAAAAUUUACCGGGAUAAUAACGUGCAUUGGAAUGUUGGGGUUGGGCCGGCAGCUUCCUUCACGCGGGCCAUAUCAAGGCUCGCUCUGGAUGUGUUUCCCCGUAACAUACAGUUUGAUCAAGUAAUCAAGGUGUCGCCGAUCAAUCCAGAGGAAAAACGAGUGGGAGGAGGAAGCAGCUUCGUCAUGAGAUUGGAGGCGCAGCUGGUCGCCGCGGUGGCACAGGAGCUGGGGCUGCUCGACCAAGAAUACCACAGGCUCAAGCAAAGGAUGGAGGAGACAAACUAUUUCUCCUGGGGUGUGUCGGGGGAUAAUGAAAUGCGUGAGUACUUGUUUUGGGAAAUGGCUCCUCGGAUCAACGCCACACUGGACAGUAAGAGGUACCUGCUGGUGGUUGAGAACCUGUACAAGCCCAUCACGACCAGUGCUUUCACAACCGAGUUGCGGCUUCCUCCUGCUAAUGCAUGGUCGGGCUCUGAAUGGGUGGUAUCCGCCACCUCCCGAGAAGUCUGUAGCAAGAGCAAGUCCGAAGGUGAUGACGUGUAUGAGUCAUUCUCUGGUGCUGAUAUCAUGGUUCUUAUCCUCUUUGCGCUGCACCAAUCAGCCAAGGACAUCUCCAAGGCAGUGGGGCAGGAGGAUGACGUGGAGCACUGGCACCGCGUUGCCCUCCGGUGUUUUCACUAUGCCCUGCUUCUCUUUCCACAAUGUCAUGCGCCACCUAAUGCAGAUAACAACAAUGGUAUUAAUGUUACCAAAGAAGAGCUUAUUCGUCACUGGGCUGCCCAAGGCUUCCUUACUGCUAGCAAACCACCAAGAGCAGUUCAAGACAACAUCCACAAUGUGGGCAUCAGGCACCAUGAUGAUGUAUAUCAAGUUGGGAACAUCAUCCUCCAAACGUUUCUGGAGUAUUCAUUACUAAAGCUACCAUUUGCUCCAGCAACUAAAGUUGAUGAGCCUACUGACACUGCUGCACACUUCUUAGCAUAUCACGGUCUCGUUAUAAACCAUCUCACUGAAGACGAAAUGUUUCAUGAGGAGCAGUGUUUGCAGAACAUGGGAUGGAUCAAGUUGGUUUGUGAGCAGACAACGGAGGAUCAGAAAUGGCACAUAAGUGGAAAAUGCAUAACCAACAAGGAAGUAUCUAGUGGCACAACCGCACUUCUUCUAAGUCAUUUCUCACACAAACCAAGCUUGCUUAACCUAAUUGACAACAUCUUGCCUAAACUCUCUUGUCUUUCUAUUCUUGACCUUUCUUAUACACCACUAGAAUCACUCCCUCCUUCAGUUUGGCAUCUAUUUAAUCUCAGGUUGCUUUCUCUCAGAGGAUGUACUAACCUCAAAAGCCUAUGCAAUUUCUCCAAUCGUGGCAACACUCUGUCACCAAAUGACAAAUGCCAUGUGAACAACUUGCUCUAUCUUGAUCUCACUCAGCUCAACAUAAACAUUUUUCCCUGUGAUCUUUUCCAAGAUAUGAUAAAACUGGAAGAGCUCUUGCUUUCCAUGUGCUCCAACCUUGAGGAAUUGCCUCGUUCCAUAUCUGCUUUAUCUAGCUUGCUAACCCUUGAAAUCUCAGGGACAAAAUUGACAUCACUUCCAGAUUGGAUGUUUAUAGAAAUGCAACAGCUUCAGUUACUCAAGCUCAUUGAAAAUAAACUGUUGGUUUCAGUUCCAAGGUCAAUUUCGAAAGCCAGUUGUCUCAAUAAGUUACAUAUCCUAGGCUGUGACGAGUUGGAUGAAAUUGAGGUGUUUGGGGGAAUAGGACUUAAGAGCGUCAUCCUUUCGGGCAGCACGCAACAUUGGAAUUUACCAAAAUCACUUAUGAAAGAUGCAUCACACGGGUGUCUUGAGGAGCUACAUAUUGAAGGAUGGGAUUCAAGCAUGCAAAAAGAAAUCAAAUUGGAUGGACAUCCUACCAUAAAGUCAUUCUUGCUUAUCAAUGCACCUCACAUAAGGCACUUGUCACUGCAAGGAUGUAGAAAGCUGGAGCAUGUGGAGUUGAGGGACCUUGAUGCUUUGGAGGAACUGGACCUAUCAGCUACAGCUAUCAAGGAACUCCCAGCUGAGAUCCCUAAUCUACCUCAGCUUAGGCGAUUGCUUCUCAUGGGUGUUUCAUCCUUGAGUCGGUUUCCUUGGCAUAAGCUACAAAGAUUCCCUGAUAUGUUUUGCUUGGAUUGUUGUGCACAAGGAAAUGGUAAUAAUUAUGAUGAUCAAGUUGCAAAUAUCAAAAAAAAUAUUGCUCAUGUUUGCAUAGAAGAUUCUAGAUUGUUUUACAGUUUCAACAUAAACACCAGAAGGCUAGUAGAAUAUGGAGAGUUUUUCCAAGAUUUCUAUGUUCAAAUUGCCCAAUGCAAGACCAAUAUUAGGAGGUUGGAGGAUGAACAAGACAUGAUGGCCGACAAGUUGACAGAACUAGCAAAUAAGAAAUCACCAUAUGGUGAUGUGUACCGUCGUUAUAUGGCGAAGGAAUUUUCAGUGGUUGCCAUUGCGCCUCCCAUUCGCCAAACCAAGCGUCAUGUGGAGAUGUCUGCAACGAAUCGGUAUCCCCAUGGUUUAUAUUCUCUUCUACAAGUUGCCAAAUCGAUUUCUUUGAUAGAUGAUAUUUAUGUCUCCUGCCUUACUAAACUGAGCUCCUUUGACAAGUUGGAGGACUGCAAGCUUCGCUCAUGCCAUCACAUGAAGCAUGUUUUAGAAUAUGCAUAUUCCAUGGGGCAAUCUCUACAAAAUGUUCGAGUGUCUCAGCUCCAAAGUCUAAUUCAUUUCUACAAACCUUUGGAGUACAAUGAUACUUCGAACUUCGAUUCCCUGAAGCACCUGCACCUGGAGUACUGCCCAAGACUAGAGCGCAUCGUGCCACGUGAGUCUGCACUACCAAGCCUCACGACACUCGACAUCCUAUUCUGCUACAACCUCAAGACAAUCUUCUACCAACAUCCUUGUGAGCAACCCAUCAACUAUCAGCUCCCUAUCCUCCAAAGGAUGCGCCUCCAGGAGUUGCCACUACUGCAGCACCUCCGCGAUGAUGUCAACGCCGCCAUAUCCGCACCGGCGUGGAAGGAGCUCCAUGUCCGCGGGUGCUGGAGCCUACGCCGUCUCCCGCUCCUCCGCCAAGAACAUUCAAGCCAGGCGGUGGAGGUGAGCGGGGAGAGGGCAUGGUGGCGGAAGCUCAUCUGGGACGACGACUCCACCAUGCACAGCGCCAGCUAUAAAUCCAAGCUUCCCCUGCCGUUUGCCUCCUUCAACGAGCGCGCCACGGUGAUGAGCUACCUCAGGUGAAUCAUGGCCGAGCUCAUCAAUCCAUUCUCAGCUUUCCAUGCAUCCAUGACAUGCCACGUGACUUCUCUUGCCAUUUUGGCAAUGCCCUCUGCUAGCUAGCUCAUCUGCCAUAUAUUCACCAUGUGCUAGCUAAACACCUACCUUGAUUCACUACAACAACAAAAAAAACUUACCUUACUUGACAGUAUUCCACCUACACCCAUUCUAGUACCAUACAUAUGCCACAUACCAUUAUAUUAUACCGCCCAUCAAUCCAUACAUAUUUCACAAUGCCCAUCCACUGCUUCCAUCCAUGUAUAUUGAAAAAAAAAAGAAAAUAAGAAAACUUUUCUGCAUAUUAGUACUAAUAUAUGAGUUCUUUCGUCAGUGUUGAUCUGCUUAUACACACACACACACACACACACACACACACACACACACACACACACACACACACACACACAUAGAAUGUUUAAAUAAAAGGUUAGCUUCCUUGAUUAUGGAGACCAGUCUGUUGGCCAGCCAUCUAGUGAUAGCUAAACCAGUUUGUCAUGUGUGAAAUUAAGUUUGCUUCCAGAUAUGAUUGGAGUAUCUGUUUUCUGUAGAACACUACUACUUUAAUGUGUGCUUUGUUGUGUGUAAACAAUGUAAUGUUUGUAUGGGGCCUAAUAUGAGAACCCGUAUUUAAUUAUAAAGAGUGGUGUGUAAUUAUUAAUUUGUAUGCA